AUGGUGAGCGUGAAGGGAGAUGCGCCUGUGAAAAAGAAUAAUCCAGAUGAUAUUUGGGAUAUUGAUGAAAUUCCAGAAGGGACUCAAUUUGAGGAUAUACAUGAUCCACGACCGCAACCGGAGUACGAUCUAUUUUACAAACAGUCUGUCACGGCCGAGGAUAUCUAUCUUCAAAUGGGCCUCAAAAAUCCAACUACUGCCAGUUGUGAAUUUCUUGUGGCCAGAAUAAAACUUCCAGGAACAAAAUCUGACGAUAUCAAGUUGGAUGUCAAAGAGAAAUUUUUGGACCUUCGGACGCCGAAAUUGUGA